AUGGAGUCUUACCUCAAAACCCAGUUUGAGAUGUGGAUGAUCAUCAAAACCAGCAUCACACUCCCACUCGACGGCAUGGGAAAACCAAUUUCAUGCAAGAAUUGGGACGCAAGUAUAAUAAAGAAGGUCGAGAUCAACGUCAAAGCGACAUGUACCCUUCAGUGUGGCCUAACAAAGGAGGAGUUGAACCAAGUCGGCCCGUUCUCAAGCGCGAAAGAGUUGUGGGAAAAAUUGAUCGAGCUGCACAAGGGCACUUUCGACACGAAGGAAGGUGAGAUGGCUAGCCAACUUCACACGCGCAUUCAAGAUCUCCUCAACGACCUCCACGCAAUCGGACGGAAGGUGGAGAAUCGUGAUGUAAUAAGAUUAGGCUAG